UUUAGAAGGAAGGAAGCAACUAAGUAGUGUACGAGUUAUCCAGCGGAAUCUUGUGUAUGUUGUGGGCUUGCCACUGAAUUUUGCAGAUGAGGAUCUCCUUCAGCGCAGAGAGUACUUUGGUCAGUAUGGAAAGGUGCUGAAGGUGUCGAUAUCACGAACAGCGACUGGUGCUAUACAACAUUUUGCAAAUAGUACAUGCAGUGUAUAUAUAACAUAUUCAAAGGAGGAGGACGCAGUACGGUGUAUUCAGUUGGUACAUGGAUUUGUUCUGGAUGGUAGAUCUUUGAAGGCGUGCUUUGGGACUACAAAAUACUGUCAUGCAUGGCUGAGAAACAUGCCGUGCAGCAACCCAGAUUGUCUAUAUUUACAUGAGAUUGGCUCACAAGAGGAUAGUUUUACUAAGGAUGAAAUAAUAUCUGCUUACACAAGGAGUAGAGUUCAACAAAUUACCGGUUCCGCAAAUAGUAUGCAGCGGCGUUCAGGAAAUGUGUUACCUCCUCCUGCAGAUGAGUACUGCAAUAAUAGCUCCACUUCUUCAGGGAGACCUACAACUAAGACUGCUAUAAAUACAAAUAGUUCAGCAACCAGUGGUAGAGUCUCUCCACCAAACAGUAGCUCUGGCAGGUCUGCUGCUCUUCCAGCCGGAGCCUCAUGGGGUACUCGUUCAUCCAAUAAUCAGCCUUUGCCAACAAGUAUACCGUGUUCCAGUGGACCACUUUGUGAGAAACCUGACACAUGUAAUGGUAUAGUGGCAAAUUCGAAGGCAGUUUCAAAUGCAAGUCAAGUUUCUUUGUCGCAGAGUGAUGCUGAAAAGAAUGUAGUUCCUAAUUCAGACAGCACCAUUUGCGAAGAAAAAAGUAAAAUGGAAAAUAUUGAACAUGUAAAAAAGGAAUCAAAUAUGGAUGGAAGAAUUACUGGUUGUGGCAGUUCCGUGGAAUCUUUACGUGUGGUCGACUUGCCUUUCACUAAGCCUCACAGCCCACCUACAACCAAGCCACCACCAAAUAUUUCUAAUGUAGUUGAUUCGUCUGUAUCUUCUAGUGGACCUGCAUCAGAUAAAGAUUCUAUUGAUGUCACAGAUGGAAACUUUGACAAUGUUUGCUCUAGUGUUUUAUCAAUGAGCAUUCAUGAAAACCAACAGUUAGGGAAUGGCUAUGUUGAGCACAUUAGAGAACCACCGAUUUGUCAGAGAUCUGGAAAUGCUGCAAGUACAACUGAGAGGGUAUCCGAUGCAACUGUCCACUCUGAAUAUAGAUUUGCAGUGCCAUCUGAAGUAACAGAAGUCAACUUGCAUGAAAUCGAAGAUGAUUUGUUAUCUUUUGAUAACCAAAGGAUUAAGGAUCCUGAGAUUGCUACCAAUAGAGUACCAGAUUUUUCUCAUGCAUUGAAUUUAUCAAAGCAUACUGAUAUUGAUUCUCCUCAUUCUAGUAAUGUUGAUGGGUUAGUCAGUAUAGAUUUGGGAAGGCAGGUUGUAGAUAGAAAUAGCAAUCUGAUGGUUUCAACCUCUAAUUUUUCUAGUGGGCAUCCUAAGAAUAUACUCAAUAAUGCUGAGGCUAAUGAUGACGAAUAUUCUAAUUUGCUUCCAAGUAAAGAGAAAAGGUCUCUACUUGGGAGAUAUGAAGGUAUAGCAGACAAUGGUACUGUUGAUAUUGGGGAGAGCAGCAUAAUAUCAAAUAUUUUGUCAAUGGACUUUGACUCAUGGGAUGAGUCUUUAACUUCACCUCAGAACCUGGCUAAGUUGUUAGGUGAAACUGAGAAACAGAAAGGGUCUUUUGGUGUGCCGGUCUCUCGGAAGAUUCAGAAUAGCAGCCAAUCAAGAUUUUCAUUUGCUAGAGAGGAGGAACCUAUAAACCAAGUGUCUGAUUUUGGACAGUCUAUUAAUUACUAUGAAGAGGCCUUUAAGCCGCACCGACUUGGCCAUGAUUUCUCUGGCACCAACAACUUGCAUCUUGAGAAGUUUGUCAAUGGUUUACCUGUUUUAAGUGGCACAGAAUCGGAUCUUUUUGCCGGCAGUCAUUCUCAUAUCUCUUCAAACAAGCUUUCUGUUUCAAGAUCUCAGAUAUCUGCCCCUCCAGGAUUUUCAGUGCCUAGUAGGGUGCCACCUCCAGGCUUUAGGUCUCAUGAGAGGACAGAACAGAUUAUGGAAUCGCUAUCUGGAAAUCAUAUCCUUGAUGGUGCUUCUUUAUUAAGAAAUCAGUAUCAGACACCCUCAAGUGGUAAUAAUUUUGGAAAUGGUGAUAUUGAGUUUAUGGAUCCGGCAAUUCUGGCUGUUGGCAAAGGGACACUUCCAGGUGGCAUCAACACCCCAAGCCUAGACAUAAGAUCUAGUUUUUCUCCGCAAUUGAGUACAUAUGCAGAUGCAAGAUUCCAAUCGUUGGUACAAAGAUCUUUUCCUCCACAUCAAGACCAAAGAUUUACCAACCUUGGGGACAGUUUUUCCAACCUUCGUGAUGCUUAUCGAAUUCCUUCUAGGAUUAUGGAGCAAACUCUAUCCAAUAAUCUCUCUGCAUUUUCUCAGUUCAACCCCCCUCAGUUUAGGAAUGGAAUAAUUUCAAAUGGGCAAUGGGAUGGAUGGACUGAGGCCCAGAGUGGGAAUAACUUGGGUGUGGCAGAGCUGCUCAGAACUGAGCGAUUGGGAUAUAAUAAGUUCUACAGUGGUUAUGAAGAUUCCAAGAUCCGAAUGCCCAGUUCAGGCAAUAUAUACAAUGGGACAUACGGGAUUUAAUUUUAAAGACUCUUAUUCUGCUUGGUUUGUGACGAUAUCAGUGUGAAAUAGGAUGGUGAUCUGCGACUCUUAACAAACCAGCAUUAAGGGUUCGAACGAAGGCGCUCAAUUUACUCAAUAACUGGUUACUGUAUCCACUUUACAGCAAUGAUGCCAAAAGAUUUUGGAGAAGUUUCCCAUUAAGGGAUGCAUUGUGAUUCGUCUGGAUGGGCCCACUUUCAGGUUGGUAGAGGAUCAAACCUUCUCAAAUGGGGACUCCAGAAGCCAACAGGGGUGGGGAGAAAAGAGAGUGAAGAAGACAGGAGAAGAAUCAUUUGCCCGUUCUGAGGUGAAAGGAUGUUGAAGCUAAGGCUGAGGCUCGAUCUAAGGCUGGCGAAAGGAUGAUUUGCAUGGCAGUCCAUCAACUUCGGAGUUGUUUUUCUCAGUGGGAGAGGAGGAUGACGAGAUAACUGAUUCCGGACUGGGUGAUGGGAGUUUACUAGUCUCUGCUCAUGUUAGAGUUGGAGGGAGAGAGAAUAGCAAGAAUGAUCAAAAUUUGUUACAUUUGUAGAGAAAAUGUGGGUGUUGAAAAGAACCCCCUGCCCCUCCUCUUUCCAUUAAUGAUCAACACCAAAUGGUUGGUUCUGAGGAGCACUACACCAAUUACUAACUCGCAGUCAUAAAAAGACGGUUGAAUUUUUCAAAACCAUGAUAUGUACGAAAGGAAUUGGUAGUGUAAGAAGCAAACUGAAUGGCCGUUAAGUGCAGUUUCCAUUCAACUCUUGAAAUUAAAUUUGCACCCAACCAUUAAAGCAAGAAUAUUUUUGUAUC